AAUAUGUUAUCAAAUCUUGUAUAAAUAGCCAACUUGCAUCCCUUCACAAACACUCACAAAGAAUUUUGCGUAACAUUUUUUAUUAACUCUUCCAAAUUUCUCCAAACUUCUAGGGUUUCUUUUCUUCUUCGGAAUAUUCUGAUUUGGAAAGAUCGUUAAUUGUUGGAGAAGAUUCGGAUUUGGAACAAAACAUCAAUUUUUAAAAAAUAUUUGUGAAUGUUCUAAUGGAGUCGAAAGGUGGGAAAAAGAAGUCUAGUAGUAGUUCCUUAUUUUACGAAGCUCCCCUCGGCUACAGCAUUGAAGACGUUCGACCAAACGGUGGAGUCAAGAAGUUCAGAUCUGCUGCUUACUCCAACUGCGCUCGCAAACCAUCAAUGGCCAUGCCUGUCUCUGCCAUUGGUUUUGAAGGUUUUGAAAAGAGGCUCGAAAUCUCUUUCAUCGAGCCUGGUCUGUUUGCUGAUCCUAACGGAAAAGGACUUAGAGCUCUCUCGAAGGCACAAUUGGAUGAAAUUCUUGGACCUGCUGAGUGCACCAUUGUUGAUUCCCUAUCAAAUGACGAUGUUGAUUCCUAUGUCCUCUCUGAGUCGAGCCUCUUCGUUUAUUCUUACAAGAUAAUCAUCAAAACCUGUGGCACCACCAAGUUGCUUCUCGCUAUUCCGCCUAUUCUCAGGUUGGCUGAGACCUUGUCUCUCAAAGUGCAAGACGUGAGGUAUACCCGUGGGAGCUUCAUAUUCCCAGGUGCUCAAUCGUUUCCUCACCGUCACUUUUCUGAAGAAGUUGCUGUCCUCGAUGGUUAUUUCGGGAAGCUUGCUGCCGGUAGCAAGGCUGUGAUUAUGGGCAGUCCUGACAAAACACAGAAAUGGCAUGUUUACUCUGCCUCAGCUGGGCCUGUUCAGUCUAAUGACCCUGUUUACACUCUUGAGAUGUGCAUGACUGGUUUGGACAGGGAGAAGGCAUCUGUCUUCUACAAGACUGAAGGAAGCUCGGCUGCUCGCAUGACUGUUAAAUCUGGCAUAAGGAAGAUCCUCCCCAACUCUGAGAUAUGCGAUUUUGAGUUUGAACCCUGUGGUUAUUCCAUGAAUGCUAUUGAAGGAGCUGCUGUUUCAACCAUUCACAUUACCCCAGAAGACGGCUUUAGCUAUGCUAGCUUUGAAUCAGUUGGAUAUGAUCCCAAAACCAUGAAGUUGGGUCCCUUGGUUGAGAGGGUGCUAGCCUGUUUCGAUCCAGCUGAGUUCUCUAUUGCUUUGCAUGCUGAUGUUGCUACCAAGUUACUGGAGCAUGUUUGCUCUGAUGUUGAUGUUAAGGGCUACUCUCUUGCUGAGUGGAGUCCAGAAGAAUUUGGCAAGGCCGGUUCCAUUGUCUACCAAAAGUUCACUAGGACUCCUUACUGUGGAUCCCCCACAUCCGUUCUGAAGGGCUGCUGGAAAGAGAAACAGAAAGAAGAAAAGGAGUAGUGUUGUCCCGAGGGUCGUCUGUUGUUUUUGUUUUAGAGUCUGUUGUCGUCUGGUUAUGUUUUCCAUAUUUCUCAGAAUAAAGGACUUAGAUGUCCCAUUUGUGUCUUUGAAUUUGUAACAUCUGUGUGCAAAUUCUGAACUAGUCCGGCAUUUUGGUGUUACACCAUAAGCCCUAUGAGUCUGCAUUUUGAAUUAUUGCUUGUUGCUGUCUCUGUUCCGUUGUCGUUUCUAUAAUAAAAGUUUGUUUGUUGUGUGUA